UCAGGACUUUAAAAUGCAAUCUUGCCGUACUCUUAAAGGAUGAUGUCAUUUUGCCUGUCAUGAUUGAAAAGAAACGCUACUCGUUUGGCUUGACAAAUAUUUAGGUCGUUUUAUUGAACUGCUAACUGUAUAUAGAUAGAAAAGCACCACAGUUGCAGUUUAAAAUCCUUGAGAUGACAUGUUUACCCCUAUGCUCUUAUAAUAAGUUUGCAAGUAAAAAUUGUGGCUGAAACAGGCAGCAUAACUUUGGUGAAAGUGUUUUUCAUGAAUAUUGCUACGAUUGUGUUCCUUUUUAAAUGGUUUGAAGGUUAUUGAACAAUUGGUCGACUUCUUAUGGAUGAAUGAUGCCGACGUCAUGGUGUGAUUUAGUCCACGUAGAUAUGUAUUACACAUUGGCUGAAUUUAUCAGAAUUGGCGUUUUAGAGACAUUUGAGACAAUUAGAGCCUCUCAAUUUUAGAGACAAUCGAAGCACGAAUUUUGUUAGUUUAUAAGUCGAAAUGUCUGACGUACAAAGAAGUCGUUGUAUGGUGAUACUUGGCUGGGUUCUAUUUUGCGCGUUGUUCAUUGUACAAUUAGUGAUAUUUUCACUUUUGCUUUACGAAUAUCACAACUUGGCAUCGCUUAUAACCUGCAUUGUUUUGUACAUCUGUGUAUCUGUAGCGGUCAUAGUUCUUAUGCUAUUCGUAUGGUGCAAAAAGUCUUGUCAAGAACUUUAUGCUGAAGCGGAUAAAGAAAUUUGUGGUGUUUGGAUUGUUUGUGGCGUUUAUAUUGUUGCUUACACCGUAUCUGUUGCAAUGAUAUUCUGUAAAGUCGCCAAAAAUCUUACCAAAGAUAUGACUCUUGGUAUCAACACAUUGAAAGGAACACUUUCCAUUGCUCCUAUGCUGUUAAUUCUCAUGUUACAGUUGACCAUUUCUCCAAUAUAUCGUAAAGAUGUUUUAUCACUGUCUAUAUUUUCUGCAUUGAAUAUUUUUGAUGGCAUCGAAAUGUUGGAAGUCAUAUUGAUGCACCAUGAAAGACUAUUUCAUUUAAGCAUUCAUUUGGAAAGGACCAUCGUUGUCUUCGUUUGUUUAUCAUUUUUGAUCUCUUUUUUUACUUUGUUUCGAAAUAAGUUUAAGCCUGAUGGAAACGUCGAGAAAAGAAAGGGAACUUCAAUUCGCUUUGGCCAUGGUAUUAUGGAGAUGUUUGGCAUCAAUAUACCGUUUCUCAUUUUACGUUCCAUUGUUUGGCAUUAUUAUAAAUACGAAGCUUCAGUGUUUAUAGCUAAGAAUAUCAUAUUUUUAGUUGUUGGUCUUGUUGAGUUUUGUAUCCUGAAAAAGUGGAUAAAAUGGGGUGUUGAGGAUGGUUUUGCUGAAAAUAUUGACGGUUUUACUGAAAACAUUGAGGAUGGUUUAAUUGAAAACAUGGAGGACUGACAUUGCAACUUUAUAUCUAGGAAAAAGGUGGAACAUAAUCUAUUCAUAUCUUUACAAUGUGUAUAUGUAGGAAAGUUUUUUUGUGACUAAAACACCAACGUUGAUUUAUGUGUAGUAAUACUUACAGCUUGUAGUUCUGCCCUAAGCCAACUGUGUAUGACAGUAAAACAUCACCAGGGAAACAUACAAGAAUCAUUGAAAUCUACGUCACUAUGCACCAUGGUACGUUGGAUGAUUUUUAUCAUCAAGUAUGUAAUGUAUCAGGACUAAAGAAGAUAGUAAAAAUUGCAAUCUUAUAAACGACGUUGUUAUUUUGCCUGUCAUGAUUUGAAAGAAACGCCACUCGUCUUGCAUGACAAAUAUUUGAGUUAUUUUUUAAUGAACAGCUAGAUGCAUGUAAAAGGAUAUUGUCACAACCUAAGUAUAAAGCCUUUAACAGUGUUCACUUUAUUCAUGCUGAGUUUGCAAAUAAAAUUUGUAGCCGAAACAGGCAGCACGACUUUGA